GUGGUGCCGUCACACCUUGCCUGGACGUCAUCUAGCCAUGACAUCAGAGGAAGACAUUACAGUCCAAGGGAGGAGCCGGUACACCUGUGCAAGACUGGAGGGGAGGAGCUGGUACACCUGUGUAGGACUGAAGGGGAGGAGCCGGUACACCUGUGCAAGACUGGAGGGGAGGAGCCGGUACACCUGUGCAAGAAUGAAGGGGAGGAGCCGGUACACCUGUGCAAGACUGGAGGGGAGGAGCCGGUACACCUGUGCAAGACUGAAGGGGAGGAGCUGGUACACCUGUGCAGGACUGAAGGGGAGGAGCCGGUACACCUGUGCAAGACUGGAGGGGAGGAGCCGUACACCUGUGCAGGACUGAUGGGGUGGAGCCGGUACAACCUGUGCAAGGCUGAAGGGGAGGAGCCGGUACACCUGCGCAGGACUGAUGGGGAGGAGCCCUACACCUGUGCAAGACUGAAGGGGAGGAGCCGGCACACCUGUGCAGGACUGGAGGGGAGGAGACGGUACACCUAUGCUAGACAGAAGGGGAGAGAGCCUGUAC